AUGAGAAAUCAUCAUUUAGUUAGCCGCUCUCUCCGCUAGCUGCACGGAGCUGUAGUGUGAUGAUCUUCCAACCCAGAUUAUUACAAUAAUUCACUUUGGACAGGCGCAACGAUGACCCUUUGACAUCAAGAAUGGACAUAAGUUAACAAUGACGGGGGAGAAAAAGAAGAAAAAGCGGCUGAACCGCAGCAUUCUUCUUGCAAAGAAAAUUAUAAUAAAAGAUGGAGGAAGUCCCCAGGGAAUUGGCGAGCCCAGCGUCUACCAUGCUGUGGUGGUCAUCUUCCUGGAGUUUUUCGCGUGGGGUCUCCUCACCACCCCGAUGCUCACGGUUUUACACCAGACAUUCCCCCAACACACAUUCCUGAUGAAUGGUCUCAUUCAUGGUGUGAAGGGCCUAUUAUCAUUUCUGAGUGCUCCUCUAAUUGGGGCGUUGUCAGACGUAUGGGGACGCAAGUCCUUCCUGCUGCUAACGGUCUUCUUCACGUGUGCACCCAUUCCACUGAUGAAGAUCAGCCCAUGGUGGUACUUUGCAGUCAUCUCCAUGUCUGGCGUCUUCGCUGUCACCUUCUCCGUGAUCUUUGCCUACGUGGCGGACAUAACGCAGGAGCAUGAGAGGAGCACAGCGUACGGCCUGGUAUCGGCUACCUUCGCCGCCAGCCUGGUCACCAGCCCGGCCAUCGGAGCCUACCUGUCUGUGGCCUACGGCGACACCUUGGUGGUGAUCCUAGCAACCGCCAUCGCUCUGCUCGACAUCUGCUUCAUCCUGGUAGCCGUGCCGGAGUCGCUGCCAGAGAAGAUGAGGCCAGCUUCAUGGGGGGCGCCAAUCUCUUGGGAACAAGCCGACCCUUUCGCCUCUCUGCGCAAAGUGGGCCAGGAUUCCACAGUGCUCCUCAUCUGCAUCACAGUGUUUCUCUCCUACCUCCCCGAGGCCGGCCAGUACUCCAGCUUCUUCCUCUAUCUCAGACAGGUCAUUGGCUUCUCCUCGGAGACAGUGGCCGCCUUCAUCGCCGUUGUGGGGAUCCUCUCCAUACUGGCUCAGACGGUCGUGUUGGGCAUCCUGAUGCGUUCAAUUGGGAACAAGAACACGAUCCUGCUCGGCCUCGGCUUUCAAAUCCUCCAACUGGCCUGGUACGGCUUCGGCUCCCAGCCCUGGAUGAUGUGGGCGGCUGGAGCCGUCGCAGCCAUGUCCAGCAUCACUUUCCCCGCCAUCAGCGCCAUCGUGUCCCGAAAUGCAGAUCCUGACCAGCAGGGUGUUGUCCAGGGGAUGAUCACUGGGAUCCGGGGUCUCUGUAACGGUCUGGGUCCGGCGCUCUACGGCUUCGUCUUCUACUUGUUCCACGUGGAGCUGUCCGACACGGACGGCUCCGGGAAAGGUGCCAAACCCAACAUGGUCAACCCCACUGAUGAGAGUGCCAUCAUCCCCGGACCCCCCUUCCUGUUCGGAGCCUGCUCAGUGCUGCUCUCCCUGCUGGUGGCGCUGUUCAUCCCGGAGCACACGGGGCCCGGCAUGAGGCCCGGCGCCUACAAGAAGCACAGCAACGGGGCGCAGAGCCACUCCCACAGCCCCCAGGGCAGCGGGGCCGAGGGCAAGGAGCCGCUGCUGGAGGACAGCAGCGUAUAACCUCAACUCACGGGUGGGGAGAGGCGGGGGGGCCCACUCCCCCCUCGGUCCACCCCGGGAAGCCCCUGCACUCAUGGACAGAUGCACACAUUUCACCACAGGGGGCCCGCACACGCCCCCUCGAGUGCCACGAGGGGGUGUCUGUGUCUGCGUUAGUGUCCACAGCACAAAAAGUGGGCACUCCUUCUUCAGCAGCCCUUUUUUUUUUUUUUUUUUUUUUUUUUCUUCCUUUGUUUUUUCAAGACAGGCCAUGUGAGGACUCUCUGAAGAGUGUGUGCGUGUUUUCGGGCUGCAGUGGACAGGCGUGUGUGUGUUUGUGUGUGCGAGAGUGCGCGUGUGAGAGCUGGACUCCAGUCUUGGGUUUCGCAAACGCUGUAACAGAGUGUGGAGCACACGUCGACCCCCCCCCCCCCCCCCCCCCCCCCCCCCCCCCCCCGCUGUGAUGAUUAGUUUGCGAGUAUUGAGUGGGGGUACGUCUCUGAUGUCACUGAAUCCUUGUGUGGCUCCGAAUAAUCCUCAUGGGUCGUGUUCGGUGGCUCGGCGAAGCGCCGCGCAACAUCGUCCCGCUAGCUAGCCCGCGUCCCGUUGGCUCACUGUUGCGACCUCUGCUCUGUUGCACAAGACAGGCGGGACGAGCCGCUGCCGCACCGCGGUGACAGACGGUCGAUAUUACAGAAAGAAAAGCUUUGUUUAGGACCACGCGUUGUUUAAAUAUCACACUUCUCCCCAAGAGAGGUGGGAGACGAGAGACCACUUUAUUAGCUGAAACAGUUUUUCAAUGUUUACUCGCCAUUCUCUAGAUCAGUAGUACCGUUUGGGUUGUACAUUUUCCUCUGUUUCAAACUGAGGCUAGUCGCGCUUCAAGUUUUUAUUCAAGAAACAAAUGUUGCCUUGAAGUGACUUAAGAUAAUUCUAUAUAGAGACAUUACGUAACCUGUAUGAAGACCAAGGUCUGAGAAGGCUCUGUAAUCUUGCGCUAUUGCUCCCAUCGGAGCCGUUACACACUUUUUAUUCCUUUGUAUUCAUGCCCCUCCUGUUACUAAGUUUCCUGACAUUUGUCGCCAUCAGGGUCGAGGCUUGCAGAGCUGUGGAUUUUAUUUUCAAAGCCUGGAGACCCUUCGGAAGUGGAGCACCGCUAUCGGUGACCGGAGCGUCUCCACAUUAAUAUCAUUAGCAGGAUAUCAGUCGUGCCGCCACCGUAGAAAACUCAAAGGUUAGACGUGAUGCAGUGUGGUGGAUAAGAGCUGUAAAGCUUUCAUUAGUGACCCCUGACAUUUAGGACACAGCUGUGAAGAAGUACAGCACGUCUCUCAAGCUAACAGAAGGUCAACAAUUUUUUGUUUUCUUGUUUAAGUUUCAUUUGGACACCGUCACGUUUGCUAAUCUAUGUUGAACAGGCAGAGUGUCCAGGUGAGCUAAAAAUAAAGUCAAACAGCACCACCUAUUGGAGGAAAAACAACUGCAGAUAAGGAAAGCCAGUGUUCAGACAACUUCCUUAGUCCUUGAUCCAAUGAAAAUAUUAACGAGUUCUCUAUUUCGCCCCCUGCAGGCAGCAAACAUAAUGACAGGGACAUUCCCCAGAAUUAACAGUACUGUCGCGUUGAUGUCCCUCUUUGAGAUUACAGGCAAGCAACUUCCACUCCCACUGGUAAACAAAGUAACUGCAUGUUGCGUGAGUUGUCUUUGCAGAUUUUUAGUCUUCAGAACAAUUUAUGAACCUCAUGGGGAAGCAUCAUCAAAUUACUAAUGUGAAUAUGUUUCCAGUGGUCCUGAGAUACAAACGGUUAACCAAUCACAGCCAGCAAACACAAUUUGAGUUACACUGAAAUGCAUCCCAGAGUUAUUCCUUUGAAUGUGAAAGUAGUUAUCAAAUUUCAAUGGAAUAAACUAGGAUUAAGAUUAAAUUCACUACUAUCAAAUUCUUAGCUAGUGACAGGCAAUGUCGAACUCGGUGAACAACAAUCUGAAAAAAACCCAAAUUCCAGGUGCAAUUCUUCCUGCAGCUGUUCAUCCGCCUGCCAGCAGGUGGUGCUGUUUUUAGCAAGGCUCUGCAGAAGCUGCUGCCGCCACUGUCUUCACGUGCGGUUAUCUUUGUGUGGUGGAUGUCUGGUCACUGUAGCUAGCAGCAGGUUUCAUGCCGCUCGAUAUCUCUCUGGACUGAAAUGUGCGUCGCAUUUUUGUGCCAAAUUAUUUUGGGGUUUUUUUUUGUAUGUGUACGUGUGUGUGUGUGUGGUCAUACACUUGAGUGACUCGGAUGUGUUUGUUUUGUUUUCUCUUGUCUUAAUUUCUUUGGCUGAAGAUUUAAUUUUUUUUAAUGCUUUUUUUUUUUUUUUUUUUAAUAUUUAGCUUUUUAAAAACUUCAUUCAGGCAUCUCUAGGACUCAACUUUGUUGCCAGAUGGUAAAUUAUCAACUGUCCAUCUGCCUAUUUUCAGCCUAGGUCUUUAUUUAAUAACAAGCAUUUCACCGUGGUUAGUUACAUUUGUUGAGUUUGUUUCUCCCACAUGAUUUCUCAGUAGAUCAGAAGUCACUUGAAUGUUUUCCUGAGUCAAGUUGGACGUGUGGACCACACUUCGCCCUCAUCGUUUUGAGUCAAACUGUCAAGUUUUAUUAAAUUUUAAUUCAGAGGGGGUCUUAGCUACGUAGGAGACCAUUCGAGUUGGUCAGCUCGCCACACCGUAGUUUAAUUUCGCAUCAAUCGGACCAACACUUGGAACACGAAUCCAGAUCUUACACGAAUUGGAGAGAUUCUGCACCAGCCCCACGUGCACCCGUACAAGCCUCCAUGCAGACGACUGUAAAUGUAGAAAAGUCAGCUGCGCGUGAGCAGCAGAUGUAAAUAUUUAUCGCUCAAGGAGAGCCGGCCACCUCUUGGUCUAUUCGGUUGUAUGGUGCAAUUAUUAUUCUAUAUUUCUCAAGACUUACCUGAUAGCCACUCCAGUUUUUAGUACAAUGUGGUUUGUGGCCUGAACCCCCCUCUCUGUGUGCCUAAAAUUAGCCAAGAAAUGAGUAUGGCAACGUAAGUAAAUGGUGGUUAUUAUGUAAAUAUGGGAAACUAAUGACAAACUAUUUAUUAAAGGUUUAUUGUACAAUGAAUUGCUUCUGUGUUUCUCUGUUGGGUAAAAG